AGAAUGAUGGCAAGAAGCCAGGCUCGCAGAGCUGGGUUGAGCAAAAACAUAGGGGAUGUUACCAACAAAGAGAACGCUGGAAUUUCUGGAACCACAAGAAGUCGUCUGAAGCAAAUAAAUUCCAUGUAUUCAGAUGAAAGUCAGCUGUCAGAGCCAGCAAUGCCCCUACAUUUAGUUAAUAGUGAAGCAACAGAAUGUAAGAUCCUGAAGAAGCAAUGUAGCCCAAGAAAGGCCCCCUCACCAGGUCUUGGUGAGGGUCAGGAUGGAGCUGAAUGUCUCAUAUCUAGUAAAGUGUCCACAAGUGUGGGACCUACUUCUCCUUGCCGAGGUGGGCUGACAGCACUUGCCAGGAGAUGUCAGCAGAUGAGGGAGUGGGAGGAUGACUACACAUAUCAUUCUACCAAUCAUGGCUCUCAGGUAGUGGUAGAGGGUAGCCCAGCUUUCUCUGCUUCACAACUGCAUGGCAAACAUAAGAAUAUGCAUGAGCCAAAUUCAUCUAGAAUGGUAACAUUGCAUGGGGCAACAUCACAAGUAAUGGGUUGCACAACAGUAUCAUCCAGUGGUUUGCAGAGUCCCAUUUGCUCUAGUGAUUCAGCAUCCAACUUAAACACAGUGCCCAAAUACCUCUUCGGUGAUGGUCCUUCAGGUAUGGUUCAGGUUGCAGGUGGUGGGUCUGUGGCGUUCUGCUCCCCAAAUAGGGCACCCCCCUUCAGUAUUCCUAUUCUAAAGUUUACAUCUCUCAGUUAGUAUGCAUCAGAGUCAGAGCUGUCAAGAGCCAAACAAAUGUCACAGACAGAGAGCCCUGCCUCUCCUACCAAAAAGUUAAACUGGGACAGAGGACUCCUUAAUUCUCUGGUAAGUGCUCUGUGUAUUAAUGUAGUAAGGUUAAUUUCUGAAGCACAAGGUUUUACUCCAACUGAGUCUCGUUCUCGCCUUUAUUAUGACUUCAAGAAAGAAGGGAAGGUAAAACGAGACAUCUCUCCAAAGAAGCAAGUGCAGAUGACUCAGGGUGAUGUAGGCUUCUCUAGUCCCACCCAGGCAAAAGGCUUGAGCCUGGCAGACAUUGUGAUGAGCAGAGCCCCAAAAAAGGUGAAAGUCACCAAAAGGGAACUGAACACAACUUUGGCUUAAAUCAGCCAAGUGCCACUUUUUAGUGAAACUGUCACCAUGCGCAGUUGA